AGUUUCUCAGACAGGCAAGCUCCUCAUCUGUCUCUGAUCGGUAUUCCAUUAGAGCUAUGCAGAUGGAGUUUACAGGCCAAAUUGAGUUGAUUUGGGAGCAAACCAAGGUGCCAUUGGUGGUGCCAGUUUUGAAAGUUCUGGUGGUUUUGUGUUUGGCGAUGUCUGUAAUGCUUUUCAUUGAAAGGGUUUAUAUGGGAAUUGUGAUGGUAUUUGUCCAGUUGUUUCGGAGAAAACCUGAGAAAAUGUACAAAUGGGAGCCAAUGAAGGACGAUGUUGAGCUUGGUAAUUUGGAUUAUCCCAUGGUUUUAGUUCAAAUCCCAAUGUAUAAUGAAAAAGAGGUAUAUCAGUUGUCAAUUGGAGCUGCAUGUGGACUUUCAUGGCCAGCUGAUCGGGUCAUAAUUCAAGUGCUUGAUGAUUCAACAGAUCCUGCCAUUAAGACACUGGUGCAAGUGGAAUGUCAAAGAUGGGCAAGCAAAGGCAUUAAUAUAAAGUACGAGAUAAGGGACAACAGGAAUGGAUACAAAGCAGGAGCUCUAAAAGAAGGGAUGAAACAUAGCUAUGUUAAACAAUGUGAUUAUGUGGCCAUUUUCGAUGCCGAUUUCCAGCCUGAGCCACACUUUCUAACCCUCACCAUCCCUUUUCUUGUCAACAACCCUCAACUUGGGCUUGUUCAAGCUCGUUGGAAAUUUGUGAACUCAGAUGAAUGCCUAAUGACAAGGAUGCAAGAGAUGUCAUUGGAUUACCAUUUCAUAGUGGAGCAAGAAGUGGGGUCAUCUACCCAUGCUUUUUUUGGUUUCAAUGGGACGGCUGGUGUGUGGAGAAUUUCAGCAAUCAAUGAAGCUGGAGGAUGGAAAGACAGAACAACAGUGGAAGACAUGGAUUUGGCCGUCCGAGCUAGUCUUAAAGGCUGGAAAUUCGUUUAUGUCGGUGACCUCAAGGUGAAAAAUGAACUGCCAAGUACUUUCAAUGCCUACCGAAAUCAACAACAUAGAUGGUCAUGUGGCCCUGCAAACCUCUUUAAAAAAAUGGCAAUGGAGAUCAUAAGAAAUAAGAAAGUUUCACUGUGGAAGAAGUUUUAUGUGAUCUACAGCUUCUUCUUUGUCCGAAAGAUAGUGGCGCACAUUGUCACAUUUGUGUUCUACUGUGUUGUUUUGCCUGCAACUGUUCUUGUUCCUGAAGUUGAAGUCCCAAAGUGGGGUGCUGUCUAUAUUCCUUCCAUUAUCACUCUUCUCAAUGCUGUUGGAACUCCAAGGUCAUUGCAUCUAGUCUUAUUUUGGAUUAUUUUUGAGAAUGUGAUGUCAUUACAUCGGACAAAGGCGACAUUUAUUGGUCUGUUGGAGGCCGGAAGAGUGAAUGAAUGGGUUGUUACUGAGAAAUUGGGAGAUGGUCUCAAGACUAAAUUGGGUGGAAAAGCACCCAGGAAACCUCGUUUUCGAAUUGGAGAUAGAGUCCAUAUACUAGAGCUUGGAGUGGGGGCAUACCUUUUCUUUUGUGGAUGCUAUGAUUUAGCCUUCGGGAAGAAUCGCUAUUUCAUUUUCCUCUUCCUGCAAUCCACAGCCUUCUUCAUCGCGGGUGUUGGUUAUGUUGGAACCAUGGUUUCAAAUUCUUAGCUAUUUUUCAUCAUCUCUCCACAUUAUAAUCAUACUUCAAUCUCUUUGAUUGUUUUUCAUUUUUCAAUUUAAAUUAUUACAGAAGGUGGUCAGUCUGAGCCAAGGAUUUGAAUAAUAAAUUUGAAUUGUAUUAUAUUAUAUUUCUAUCAUCUGAUGUUCAAGAAACAAUGAAAUAAUUUACUCAAAAAUAUUGUGCAAUAUUCUCUUUUCCCAUGUA